AUGGACGGAAAACAUAUUGUUAUACAGUCACCGUAUCACAGUGGAACUGAAUUUUAUAACUACAAGCAUACGUACAGCAUUGUUCUGUUAGCAUUAGUUGACAGAACCUACAAAUUCAUAUUUGCAGAUGUUGGAUGCCAGGGAAGAAUUAGUGAUGGAGGUGUAUUUAGAAAUAGUUUACUAUUCCAGAAACUAAGUCGAGGUGAUCUUAAUUUACCAGCUCUUUCCCCACUUUCUGGUUGUGACAAUGCAAUGCCUUAUGUAUUUGUAGCAGAUAAUGCAUUCCCACUACAAACAAACAUUAUGAAACCUUACCCCGGUGAACACCCAGAAGGAAGUUUGAAAAGAAAUUUCAAUUGA